AUGUCAGAGAGUGGAGCAUAUGAACUAAUUAUGGUUUUUGAUCCAUCUAAGAGGGCAGAUCCUUUGUACUUACAACUAGAAAAGUUGAAUAAAAGUUUGGAAACUGAUCCAUAUGAUGAGAAGACAUUAGGACGUAAAGUUAAACUUCUGUGUCGACUUGGAAAAUUUGAUGCUGCUUUAUCAUUUGCAACACAGUGGGCAGAAAUCAUUCCUAAUAGUACAAAAGCUUCAGUAGAACUAAACAGAAUCAAGAAUGUAAUUGUAGCGUUGCAGGAACAGGAUAUUGAUGAUGAUUAUGAAGUUUAUGACAACACCAUGAAUGCCAACUUAGAAUCCCAUCUUAAAAGACUCUCCCCUGAAGGGGAAGAGAGAAAGGACUCCUUUCACAGUCCUCAGUCUUCAACUUUAUGUUUACCCACUGGAGAUGGAAAUAGAUUAUUGGAUUCUACCAACAAUGUUUCUACAAAUUCCCAUGGUCCCUAUAACCAUGCAGAAGGUAAAAUAAUUGAUUGAAUUAUAUUGUUUUCU